UCAACUUACCAAUAUUUGUAUUAUAAAAUAUUAUAAACAAACAUGCAACCCGGUGAGAAUUCCCACUACCUUUAUAUUCCAAACCCUAAUCCAGACACAACAAACUUAACCAUGAAUCUCCAAAACUCACCAAUUCUUCAAUUCAACAUCAACACACCCUCAAACCCCUUCUACAAUCAUCACAUACACCCUCAAUAUCAAGAAAUUAGCCCUUAUUUUUCUGAUGAAGCAGAUGAUCAACAACAGAUAAACCUCAUCAAUGAAAGGAAGCAAAGGAGAAUGAUAUCUAAUAGAGAGUCAGCACGUAGGUCCCGCAUGCGAAAACAGAAGCAUUUAGAUGAACUUUGGUCGCAGGUGAUUUGGCUUCGUGAUGAAAAUCAUCAACUUGUUGACAAAUUGAAUAAAUUCUCAGGGACACAUGAUCAGGUUUUACAAGAGAAUGCUCAGCUUAAAGAGGAAGCUUCCGAACUUCGUGAAAUGGUCAAUAAGUUGCAGCUUAAUGGAACUUACCCUAGUUUGAUAGACCUAGAUGAUAUUAAUAGCAACGUCCUUUACCUUAGAAAUGAAUCUUUAAACCCUUCUAUCUCAAGUUCUUCUGAGUUUUUCUAGACAUGUUUUUUCUUUUUUCUUUAUUGAUGAUGUUUAGGUCAAUUACUAUAUGUAUUCUAUGAGUUCUAAGAGGAAUUAAGUAGCUGAAUAUAAAUCUUUAUUUUUUUAACAUAGCAUAUGAUAUCC